GUUUAUACUUGUAGUAUUAGCUCUAUGUUAUCAAAUAAUUGAAAUGGAUUUUUUCGAAUAUCUUCAUCUGUUGUUGGCAGUGGUUCUAGUAUUUAAAACUAUUGUCCGAGCUGAUAACGACGACCAUGGACACGAACACACACAACCAAAAUUGGAUGAGUUAGCAUCGAUGGAAGGACACAUGAAGCCACUUGGUUCUGUCGGUCCUUAUUUCCAACUUUUUACAAUCGAGGGUUUCCCUUCGUCUCCCAGGGAGUUUUUUAAUAAAUAUGUCAUCCCGUCCACCCCGGUGGUUAUGAAGAAUGCGGCAAAAGUUUCACCGGCUUUUACAAAAUGGACGGAUUCAUAUUUCAUCAGCCAUCCUGAAUCCGACAGGAUGGAAAUAUACGCUGAAGGAAGAAAAAAAGAAAUCCGAACCGAACCAGGUUCGACAAUGACGUUCAAGCAAUUCGUUGAACUCUAUAACACAACUGAUAUGUAUAUGGUGAACGGACUACCAAAGCAUUUGAGGCCGGAUGUCAUUAUACCGCCACCGCUGCAAUGUGACCCGGUCGUAGAAAACUUGUAUGAAAUUGUCACGUGGUUCAGCAGUGGGGGAACGAAAUCACUUCUGCAUAUUGAUGAAGUCGACAAUUUGAACUGCUUAUACAGAGGAAAUAAAACAUUAGUGUUCGUGAACCCACAUGAUCAUAAAAAUCUCUGGAAAAACCUAAUCGACCGACUAGAUGGCGGUUACUCGUCAAUGGACGUGGAUGCUGUCGAUUACACCAAGUUCCCUGACCUCGCUAAAGUCCGGUAUUCGAAGGUUGACAUGCAAGCGGGAGAUUGCCUAUUCAUUCCUUAUGGAUGGUAUCAUCAAGUGAACUCAUUCGGAAGCAACUUGGCAGUCAAUCUCUGGUGGAAACAUCGACCUCAACAAUUCUUCGAUUUGACGGAGGAAGUUUGCGGGGAUUUCACCGGAAGAAAUACGAUUGCAAACAUUUCCUAUCCAGAUAUGGACGAAGCAGAAUACGAUAAAUAUUUAUCCGCUCCUGGCGACGACGAACCUUCGGGGGAUGAAUAUUCAAAAUACAGUAAACCGAAUAUUCAACCAGAAGGACAGGGCUUGACGGAUACGGUGUACAGGGCGGUUAUCAGAUUCAAGAAACCAGUGAAAAUGAACGGGUUGAAGUAUUAUCUACAAAAAAAAUUUAUACAAGAUCAGAUAUGGGAUGACCGUUGUCAGGAAGUUCUAAUGAAUUUCUUCGGUUUGUUGGAUCAGAAUAAAGACACCGCACUUACAAGAAUAGACGCUAAAUUGUUUUAUGAAAAAGAUGAUGAGACUCUUUCCCAGUUACAAAAGAAAGGCUCUUAUUUGGAAAUGGAGCUCCGAGUGGCCAAGGACUCGAUCGUGGCAGAAAAGAAUGAGAAAUUAGUCCAGAAGUUACUCGAUCGCGGCGAACUUGACAAAGAACAGAUUGCAACAAUAUUUGGCAACAAGUUGGUGAUGUCUGUGCCGAGUCAGCAUGGAAACGACGAACUAUAGGAUUACUGGAUGAUUUGAUUUGUCUUAUUCGCUCUCUUUUCUUUAGGGCAGUGGUUCUUGAACUUUUUGUGUCGCGCCUCCUUUUUAGAAUUUGUCAAGCCACGUCACAAAGCUAAUAAUUGAUUAUAGAGUGACUUCGUUUGCAUACUUUCCAUUAAAAAAAAAUUCCCCGUUCACCUCAGUUUUAUUACCUGAAUAUGUUAUUUCCGGUCACGAGGUGUAUUCACUUUCUUGUGUGUGUGUGUGAAUGUUUGAUCAUAAUGGAAUUUUGAAUCUACUAGUCACAAUAGCUCGUUGGUAGGUGGUCUUCUAAGCUGCAGACGGGCAGUUUCGCUAGACUGUGAGAUAACCUUCGAUAUCAUAUAACCGCAGAAGCUUAUAUGUAAAUUCUCAAUGUCCGUAAUACUAAAAUGGAACGGCAGUUACGUUGGCUUUAUUGGAGAAAUCGCUGCUUAUGUGUGCCAACAUGUUUGCUUUGAAAUCAACCAAGAAGGCUUUUCGAGUUUAUGGUUAUCCCUUUUCUAUUCUUACCUACUACUUAGGAAAGCUUCUUCAUUGCUAGUUCAAUUUGCCACAACCUAUCUUGGCGAAUCUAUUUUUUUCUGAUCUUUUUACCAACAAAGCAAAAUCUAGGAACCGUCCGCAUGUUGACAGUGACAAUCGCCUGGCCAUAUGAAAGACGGUGCCUUAAUCGAGGAACCCAGUUAGACAGUCCCGAGCGCAAGAUUUC